UUCUGAGUUGUUUAGAAUGAAUCGAAUACUGUACGAGUGUAUGAACGUCUGUUUCUCGUAUUGCAGUUUCGUGUUAUUCGUGUGUGUUUUUGUGUUUAAACGAGUUUAUAAAAUUUAUGUGUAACGUUUUUCUUCUUUUUUAUUAAUACGAAGUGAUAUGAAUAUGAUACGCGCAAUAUUGUCUAAGCGAGUGUAAAAAAGCUUUCACGCAUGAUACUAUGAAGGAAACAUUAUCGAAAAUGUCCGAAUUGAUAUUCGAAGCCCCGUUGGCUCAAUUCGAAGAAGCCGAAGAAUGGCAAAGCGGUUUUAAGAACAUUAACGAAAACGAUAAUCACAUUCGAGGUGAAAAUUUCAAUAAAAUUGUCAAAAAUGGGCAUCGCGAAGAAACACGUACGAGUAAUACGUUCCCUUCGAAGGAAAAUUAUAAAAAUAAUAUCGUCGCCGACGACGAAGAAACGAUGGCAUUUGAAACGGCAGACGUUAAUACUAUCGCGAUUUCGGAUAGCGUUAACAAUAACGUUUUAGUGGAUAAUUUUGAAGAAACUGUUUCCGGAUCGUUGGAAGAUUUGGUGAACACUUUCGACGAGAAGAUCACCAGGUGUUUUUAUAACUAUCAAGAAUCGGUGGAGAAGCUAGCCCCGGUCCAGGUUCGAUCUCAAGAAGAAAUCAUGAACGAAUGCCAAAUGUGGUGGACAAUUACUGGUAAUUUUGGAAACAUAUUGCCUAUCGAUUGGUCCAAAUCGUAUUCACGCAAAGUACAUAUGCCAGCUUUAAAUUUAAAACAGCACCGAGACGAAAAUGUCGAGAAAAAUGUCCUAGAUGAUCACGAAAACGAAAAAGGAACGAAUCAUUGUGAUCUAAGCAGUGAAGACGAAGCGAUUGCCAAUGAUCUUGAUAUGCAUUCGUUGAUAUUGUCUGGCUUAAGCAUGGAUAACGAGCCAGUCAAAACGGCCGAAGAAGUUAUACGAGAAAUCGACGAUAUUAUGGAGGAAGGAACAUCUUCAGAAUGUACUCCUGAUUCGGAUAUGUGCACCGAUGAAAUACAUAAAAAAGGCAAAGUAGUCUUACAGUCUCCUCUGUACACUGAUAAAUUGAAAACGCUGAGUGUAUCUCAGCUUAACGAAUUAUACUUGGAAUUGGAACUGCUGAUAAAAGAUUAUUCGGAAACAUUAAUUUCGGAGUUAGCCCUUCGAGACGAGCUGGAAUUCGAAAAAGAACUGAAAAAUUCAUUCAUAUCAUUACUGCUCGGAGUGCAGAAUAGACGAAGACAGUAUCACGUUGAAAAGAAGAAGGGCAUUAGGAAUGGUUUGAAAGGAAACGUGGCUGAGCCUAAGUAUUUAACGACCGUCAUUCCUUAUCACGCCGAAAGCGGACCAUUGGAUAAUCAAGCUUUGCAAGUCUUGAUUAAAAUUCUGAAAGCCAUCAACGAAGAUAGUCCAACAGUACCAACUCUUUUGACUGAUUAUAUUCUUAAAGUGUUAUGUCCAACUUGAGAAGCUCGAACGAUUGUCAUUUCGGAUACCCCAUAACUAGUCUACUGAAUGCUUUUUUCUUUUAGGUGAAAAAAAAAAAAUGAAAUUACAUGCUUGAUUAAGUACCUAAUUGUACACACUUCACGAUCAUUCCUCUUCAUACAUUACGAAAGGAUUAAAUUUAACUACUGUUCCUGUUAUUAUUAUUUUUUAAGAAGUUGCAUUUUAAUUACGGUUUGAUGUGAAAAACUUUACCACUAUUUUGAGUAUUGUAUUCUAUAAACUUUUUUAUGGUGAAAAAAAACGCGCGCGCAAACGUCAUUCUCGUUUUGUUAUUGGCUUUGUAUUUAAUGGUAGUACGUUUGGUAUGUUCUUUACUUUUUUUCCAAUUUUUAAAACCCAAGUAUUUUAAUGUGUAAUUUUAGCGAAUAAUCUAUAAUUAUUUAUUUCUACUCUAAUUUAUUCGCGACAUUCGUAAAAAGAGAUUUUAUUCUAGUCUUGAUUUAUUGUGAUGUUAAUACGUGAACCUAAUAAUAUUAAUACGACGAGCAUUUUAUGUAUUGUAAUAAUUUUACUGUUUUUUUGUCUCAAUUGUCUCUCGUAAAAGCUUGCUUUUCCUUGUUUUACUUUUCUUUUUGUGGAUAAAUGCGAUAGAUUACAUUUGUUCGAAACAA